AUGCAAGCUGAAGAUAACGCGAUACCAAAGGUGCAUACUCUAUCUGGAUUUGAUAAUUCUAGUGUUGUCACAAAAGGAGAGGUAAUACUCACCACAUUCGCUGAAGGAGUCGUCCAAGAUACAAAGUUCCAGGUCGUAGAUUUGGAGAUGGCUUACAAUAUGAUUCUUGGGAGACUAUGGAUCCACGAAAUGAAUGUUGUUCCUUCAACCUUGCAUCAAAAUGCUCAUCUCUGCCGUGGAUGUAGGGCAGUCGAUCGAAUCACGUUAAAUGUUUGUGUUUCUUUUGGAGCACAUUCAAUGGGGCAAGCACAUUGCCGAUUCUUCUAUGACCGCCUUUACAAUUUCAAGGGUACUGGAAAACCCGACCCCACCAUGAAGAGAUCUACAUUAGUAACCCUAAGAUCACAGUGCCCAAAAAAUAGCAAAACCGAUUCAGCUGUCUAUUUCUCACCAGGAUAUGGUUCUAACUACACUUUCUCCAAUACAUUCUAUGGAAAAGUUCUCGCUCACGAAUCUGUUCUUAGAGUUGAUCAGCAAUUAUCAUAUGGAGCUGACACGAAUGAACUUGUCAAUGAAUUUGCACAAAGUUUAGAGCAAUUCAGAAGGGCAUUUACAUUGUCAAUCAACAGGAUGGGAGGUCUCAAAGUGUUGACUGGUAAAAAUGGCGAAAUUCGCAGAGAUUGCAAGUUUACAAAUAAGAACAAUCCCAAUCUUUAG